UAGUAGUUUCCCAUGCUCAACAAGUACACUCCUGCCGUGAGGUUUAUGACUUGCCGCCGUAGGAACUCAUCGUCAUGCUAGUUUCUUAUUCUUACUCACCAUAUCGUGACAUCAGGGGGCUCUCUGCUGCUCGAGCGUGGCUGCCUUUGGCAUACAACACUGUCAUUUUUGUCAUGACCCUAUGGUCCAUCUUGCCCAGUAUUCGGAAUAGAGAAGCUGGAUGUAUCUUGCAUAUACUUCUGUCAGAUGGUACAUUAUACUAUACGUACGUAUGUUUCUCCAUUCAAGUCAACCCCCUAAUCUGUUGGUUGAGUAGCGUCAUUUGUCCUGCCAAUCUAGUACUGACUGUGAUGAUUAUACGAGCGCCCCCAGGUCUGAAGGGCGUUGCGGCUCAAUUAGUGUUCUUGUUGACGGUAGUCAUGACGUCGCGCGUCACACUAAAUUUUAGAAAACAAGUAGAGCUGAUGGUUAAUCCGUCUUUGUCCGGACACCGGCAAAUGCUCUUCGCGAACAAUCCACAGCUACGAUCACAAUGCUUGACAGUUCUCUCAAGUACCCCUACGCCAUCCAUCUCAAUGGAUACUGAUCUCACGGACGAUGCCCAAUCUUUCGAGAGUAGUCUGUGGCUCAAUAGGACUUGUGCUGAUGUGGAGUCUGCACGAUAUGAGCAUAUCUUGUUUCAAUAAUCUUACGGGAUUCCCCUAGCCAGGGUGACGCCCUCCCGUCCUGCGUGCUGUGGCGGGGCGUUCAGGAAGCCUUGCCGUUCCUCACACCAGAUAGGUGGAUAGUAUAUUUCUUUCGCUCCUGUCAAAUU